AUGAAAGUCAAAGUGUUGAGCCGGAAUCCGGAUGAUUAUUUGCGUGAGACGAAGCGGGAUAUCCAGAAAGUUCCUCGGAAUUAUGACCCUAAUCUUCACCCUUUUCAAUCAUCACGUGAAUAUGUUCGUGCUCUUAACGCAGUGAAAUUGGAACGAGUUUUUGCCAAGCCAUUUAUUGGUAACUUGGAUGGGCAUCGUGAUGGUAUUUUCUGCAUGGCCAAACAUCCUAAAUCUUUAUCAACAUUAGCCAGUGGUUCUUAUGAUGGUGAAGUACGACUUUGGAAUUUAACAAAAAAGAAAUGUAUUAGUAGUAUAAAUGGCCAUGACCGGUUUGUUCGUGGAUUAAGUUUCAACCCUGAUGGCACAAGAUUGUUUAGUGUUGGAGAUGAUUCUACCAUUAAAGUUUGGAAUACUGAAGAAUUGGACACACCAUCUCAUACAUUCAUAUCUCAAUCUGUUUUAUAUGGUAUCAGUUGUCAAUGGUUAAACGAUAAAGUAUUUGCUACUUGCGGUGAGGUAGUACAACUAUGGGACGUUACUCGAAGUCAACCUACAUCAACUCUAAAAUGGGGUGUUGAUAGUUUACAUCAUAUAGCUUUUAAUCAAAUUGACACUAAUGUAUUAGCAUCAUGUGCAAGUGACCGCAGUAUAAUUCUUUAUGACACCAGAGAAGUGAAACCAAUGCGAAAAAUAAUAAUGAAACUCAAAACCAAUCAGUUAGCCUGGAAUCCAAUGGAAGCAUAUGUGUUUACUGCUGCCAAUGAAGAUUAUAAUUGUUAUUCUUAUGAUACACGGAAUUUAGAAUCUCCAAUAAAUGUGCAUAAGGAUCACGUGGCUGCUGUUACUUGUAUAGAUUAUGCACCAACUGGUUUAGAAUUUGUCGCCGGAAGCUAUGAUAAAACCAUAAGAAUUUUUGAAAGCCAUCAGGGACAUUCGAGAGAAAUCUAUCAUACUAAACGUAUGCAACAUUUGACUAGUGUAAUUUGGUCAUUAGACAAUAAAUUUGUUUUAAGUGCAUCUGACGAAAUGAAUAUAAGAAUUUGGAAAGCAAAUGCUUCAGAAAAAUUAGGAACAUUAAGACCACGUGAAAGAACAGCAUUAGAAUAUAAUGCCACAUUGAAAGAGAAGUUUGCUGCUCAUCCACAAGUAAAAAGGAUUGCUAGACAUAGACAAGUGCCUAAACAUAUCUAUCACGAACGUAAUCAACAGUUGGAAUCUAAGAAAAAACUUAAAAGAAAGGAAGAAAAUGUCCGCAAACAUUCAAAGAAAAAUAGUAUUCCAUAUAUCUCCGAAAAAAAGAAAAAUGUUGUUUCGGAAGUUGUUUAA